AUGGAGGGUGAAGAGUCUCCGCAAAGUGAAAAGUCUCUGAAAAAGGAGCAAUUUAUCAGACCUCCGCUGGACCUGUGGCAGGAUUUCAAGGACGGUGUGCGCUACCUGAUUUUUGAUCGUAGGGCCAACCUUAUCAUCAUGCCCCUGCUGGUCUUGUUCGAAAGUAUGCUGUGCAAGAUCAUCAUCAAGAACGUAGCUUACACAGAGAUCGAUUAUAAGGCGUACAUGGAGCAGAUCGAGAUGAUUCAGCUCGAUGGCAUACGGGACUACUCUCAGGUGAGUGGUGGAACGGGCCCGCUGGUGUAUCCAGCGGGCCAUGUCCUGAUCUAUAAGAUCAUGUACUGGCUAACAGAGGGCAUGGACCACGUUGAACGCGGGCAGACGCUUUUCAGAUACUUGUAUCUCUUAACACUGGCGUUGCAAAUGGUGUGUUACUACUUCUUACAUUUACCACCGUGGUGUGUGGUAUUGGCGUGCCUUUCUAAGAGAUUACACUCUAUUUACGUGCUACGGUUGUUCAAUGACUGCUUCACGACUUUGUUCAUGGUCACUACGGUUUUGGGGGCUAUCGUAAGCAGCAGGUGUCGUCAGCGUCCCAAGUUAAAGAAGUCUCUCGCGCUAGUGAUCUCUGCAACAUACAGCAUGGCCGUGAGCAUCAAGAUGAAUGCGCUGUUGUAUUUCCCUGCAAUGAUGAUAUCGCUAUUUAUCCUUAAUGACGCGAGCCUAGUCCUGACCAUGUUGAAUCUCGUCACCAUGAUCGCUUGGCAAAUCACAGUUGCAGCGCCCUUCCUGCGCAGUUUCCCACAACAGUACAUGCACUGUGCUUUUAAUUUCGGCAGAAAGUUUUUGUACAAGUGGAGUAUCAAUUGGCAAAUGAUGGACGAAGAGGCUUUCAAUGAUAAAAGAUUUCACUUGGCCCUUUUGAUCAGCCACCUAAUAGCGCUCACCACGCUAUUUGUUACAAGAUACCCUCGCAUCCUUCCGGAUUUAUGGUCUUCCCUGCGCCAUCCACUGAGACUAAAUGCUGUCGUCAACACCAGUCCCGCCAAGACAAUUCCAUUCAUUUUGAUCUCGUCCAACUUCAUCGGCGUGCUCUUUUCAAGAUCGCUCCACUACCAGUUCCUAUCCUGGUAUCACUGGACUCUGCCUAUACUGAUCUUCUGGUCGGGAAUGCCCUUCUUCGUUGGGCCCAUCUGGUACGCCCUCCACGAGUGGUGCUGGAAUUCUUAUCCACCAAACUCACAGGCAAGCACGCUAUUGUUGGGAUUGAACGCUGUCCUAUUGCUUCUGUUGGCCUUGACGCAACUAUCUGGUUCGAACACCCCCGCAGAAAGCCAUCUCCGUACCACCAGUGCUAUGGAAAAGAAGCUUAACUAA